AUGGGUCUCCUCCGAGGCGGGCCCCCGUGCGCUCGGGCCAUGGCGCGUCUGGGCGCUGUGCGCUCCCACUACUGCGCGCUGCUGCUGGCCGCGGCGCUGGCGGUCUGCGCUUUCUACUACCUGGGCUCGGGCCGGGAGACCUUCUCCAGCGCCACCAAGAGGCUGAAGGAGGCCCGCGCCGGGGCCCCUGCUGCGCCCUCGCCGCCGGCGCUGGAGCUGGCGCGGGCAUCCUUGGCGCCGGCCCCGGGCGCUAAGGCCAAGAGCCUGGAGGGCGGCGGGGCCGGGCCGGUGGACUACCACCUGCUGAUGAUGUUCACCAAGGCCGAACACAAUGCCGCGCUGCAGGCCAAGGCCCGCGUCGCCCUCCGCUCCCUGCUGCGCCUCGCGAAGUUCGAGGCGCACGAGGUGCUUAACCUGCACUUCGUAAGCGAGGAGGCCAGCCGCGAGGUGGCCAAGGCUCUGCUGCGGGAGCUGCUGCCGCCCGCCGCCGGCUUCAAAUGCAAGGUCGUCUUCCACGAUGUUGGUGUGCUGACAGACAAGCUCUUCCCUGUCGUGGAGGCUAUGCAGAAGCACUUCAGUGCUGGCUCUGGGACCUACUACAGCGACUCCAUCUUCUUCCUCUCAGUGGCCAUGCAUCAGAUCAUGCCCAAAGAGAUCCUGCGGAUAAUUCAGCUGGACCUAGACCUCAAGUACAAGACCAACAUCCGGGAAUUGUUUGAGGAGUUCGACAACUUCCUGCCAGGCGCCAUCAUUGGCAUAGCGCGGGAGAUGCAGCCGGUGUACAGGCACACAUUCUGGCAGUUCCGCCAUGAUAACCCCAAGACGCGGGUCGGGAGCCCUCCCCCCGAGGGGCUCCCAGGCUUCAACAGCGGGGUGAUGCUGCUCCACUUGGAGGCCAUGCGCCAGUCCCCGCUGUACGACCGCCUGCUGGAGCCGGCGCAGGUGCAGCAGCUGGCCGACAAGUACCACUUCCGGGGUCACCUCGGGGACCAGGACUUCUUCACCAUGAUCGGCAUGGAGCACCCCGAGCUCUUCCACGUGCUGGACUGCACCUGGAACCGGCAGCUUUGCACCUGGUGGAGGGAUCACGGCUACAGCGACGUCUUCGAUGCCUACUUCCGGUGCGAGGGCCACGUCAAGAUCUACCACGGGAACUGCAACACCCCGAUCCCAGAGGCCUAGGCCCCGCCCCGCCCGCCAUGCCCUCGGGCUCAGAACGUGGGCGCCUCUCGGGCAGGCCCGGGACAGCAUUUGGACUCCUAGAGAGACACUGCAGGGCAUCCUUGUGAUCAGGUGCUGCGGCUCUCCCACCCAGGGGUGCUGUCUGAGGCCGCCCGGGGAUGCCUGCCCUGCACCCACUGGUGCUCUGGACCUUUUGCCUCCAGGAGCCAGAUGUUGUGAAGAACACACACACAGACCUCUUCUGGUGGGCUAGGAAGCAAGCGUUUGAAAAGAAGGAAGAAAACAAAACGGUGCCCCUUGCCUUCAACCCCCAAAGGCUGGAAAUCCUUUUAAGAACUGGGCUUUCAUAGACCAAAUAUAAAUUUACCUUAAAUCGACAGGCGAGACAGGACAAAACAGUACUGCUGUAGCUCCUAGUGAGCUUUAAAUGCAUGAGCCAGGGUUUUACCAGCCAACCCAGAGUUUAAGCAUCCAAAGGAAUGCUAGCCUUCCUCCCAAUGCACACACACUUGGGAGGCUGUGUGGUUAUUCUCACAAUGCUCCUGGCGCCUGGUGAAGGUGUGAAGGUCACCACCAACUGUGGCCACAUAAGAAACCUGCUCUCAUUAUUUGAGCCUUCACAGUGUUCAUCUCCCAACUGCAUCACAGAACCUCAUUAUCGCUUAAUCAUCCAAGCCAGCUCCAGGUGACCAGACUCUGCUCAGAAAUCAAAUCUGCCAUCAAGGAACAGUGAUUGGCCAGCCUCAAGGACAGUAUUGUCUGGAUUGGGAAGACUCAUUCCAAAGAGGAGCCAGCCCAGCGGUACCUGAAUGUAACCUUGCAACUUGGCAGGGAUGUCACUCUUAGACUUCCAAACAUUCUAACCUUUUAUUCAGAAGAAUCAUCGUCCUGACUUUAUCGCACCAGGUGAG